AUGGUACCUACGCAGGACACAGAGGACCUCAGCCAGCAAUGUCAGAAUAUAGGAGAGGAAUGCAGCAAAUGCAGCCUGCACAAGCUUCCUGCUCAAACAGGUACAGCCACAUAGUCUGAGUGACAAUUGUGCCUGCAGGGCAAUAGAUGGUGAUAGAAUGUGACUAAGUCCCAGCAACAACAUAUACGAGAGCCAAAGGGACGAUCUUUUCUUUCUUUCUUUCUUUCUUUCUUUCUUUCUUUCUUUCUUUCUUUCUAAAAUAAUCCUUUAGUCUUUAGGCUUUCUAAUUACAGUGGUACCUCGGGUUAAGAACUUAAUUCGUUCUGCAGGUCCAUUCUGAACCUGAAACUGUUCUUAACCUGAGGUACCACUUUAGCUAAUGGGGCCUCCCGCUACCCCCACGCCGCCGCUGCGCAAUUUCCGUUCUCAUCCUGAGGUAAAGUUCUCAACCAGAGGUACUUCUUCUGGGUUAGCGGAGUCUGUAACCUGAAGUGUCUAACCCAAGGUGUCUGUAACCUGAAGUACCACUAUAUUGAUGUACAAGGAAGAGCUAUUUUUGAACUAACAGUUUUAUAAUAUGUUAGGUAUUCAUCACAUUUAUAUCUCUGCUUUCAGGGAACUAGGGGAAGUAAACACACAGGACCCCAGUGAUCUCAUUUAUUUUCUCAGCAUCACUGAGGUGUACUUAAGAGAUGGUGGCUAGUUGGGACUUUGAAAAGCCUUUUGGCUUCUGGCUUUUCCUAUGGGGCUUGCAAUUUUUAUUUGUUUAUUUAUAAAUUUCUAUACCCUUAUUUUGCAGCUCCAUCGCAUUGGAGCACCACUGUUGCCUAUGAUGGCUGCUGGCUGGUUGUGUUGUGUUGUGAAAACAAGUCGAUAGACCAAUGUUUCCCAAACUUAGGUCUCCAGCUGUUUUUGGACUACAGCUCCCAUCAUCCCUAGCUAGCAUGACCAGUGGUCAGGGAUGAUGGGAACUGUAGUCCAACAGCUACAGACCCAAGUUUGGGAAACCCUGCUCUAGACUUUAUAGAAUAUGCUUCUCUUCCAUGUUUCACCAGUGAUUUUGGCUUUGGUUUCUAAGCACACCAAGAGCAGUGUAGCUAUUUCUAGAUUUUUUAUUUAUUUUAAUUUUUUUAAAAAAGAACCUCAGCGUCAGUGUUGCUUCAGUUUGUUUAUCCCACAUGUUGUUCAUUCUUGGUCUUUCACUGACUUCCAAGCUGUCGAGUUCCAAAAGUAACACAAAACAGCUACAUGGGGUAAAUACAUUCACACAGAAUGUACUGGUGCUGAAUAAGGAAAAGAUUAUACUUUAAUCCACUGAUCUUGGGGCCUUUUCAUUGGACAACUGAAAGUGAAUUUUAAGCGCUAAACUUUUUCAGUGCCUGCUCACACUUUUGUGUGUUUCUUAUACAUACAGAAAGUAGUUUUAAAACAAAAUUAGCUGUGGAUUUAUAAAGUGCACUCUCUUAAAGGACAUUUUACAAUGCACACAGUUGCUAAUAGGAACAUGGCUGAAUGGCAGUCAACCUGUAAAAUACUUUAUGCAGUCAGAACACUGGGUGCUGCCUUUCACCAAGUCAGACAAUUGGUACAUCAAGUUAAGUACUGUCUAUGUUGACUGGUAGUGACACCAGGAUUUCAGACAUGGGUCUUUUCCUGUUUCCGACCUGGAAAUGCAAGGUAUCUGAUCUGGGACCUACUGCAUGAAAUCAUGUGUUCUCUGGCUGAGCUACAGCCCUUUACCUGAAGGAGACCUAUGUUACUUUGAACAAAUCCAUUGUGGGUGGAAUAGAGUAGAGCAAAAACACGGCCCGCUGACUAACUUGAACAAGGAACAGCAACACUCCCAGCCUGUUGCGGCUCCUAUUUGUCAGUUAUAAUUCUUGUAGGGGCUUAUGCAUCAAGAUGCAUUUUAAUUAUAACAUUGUGGUUUUGUAAGGAGAAAUCUUGAGAGUUUUAAUGGUCCAUGUAAUGGUCCAUGCUCAGGUGUGAUGUUUUGUAUGAUGGUUAGCAGAGGUUUAGGUUUGUUGCAUUAAGGUAAGUCCUUUACUUGUUUUUAAAAAUGGGUUGUUUCAUUAUAAUUAGUGAUUAUGUGUAUAUUAUCAGAAUAAGUUCUUUGCUGUUUUGUUUUGCUUUUUAGUUUCAGUUAUUUACUUAGUUUUAUCCUGCAUUUUAUUUGUGAACUGCCCUGAGCUCUUAUAAUGAAGGAUGGUCUAUAAAUCUAAUAAACAAAAAGGUUCCUUUUAAAUUGCUUUCUCUUCCCUUCUCGUUUUCACUACCACCUUGAGGCUUUGCCUCUUUCUUUUAUCUUUUCUGCUUUCUUGUGCUUGGUGCUGCCCCCCCUUUCCCUUUCACAACUUCUGACCCACCGAUCCAAACGCAGCCCACCUGCCAUGAGAAACAGCCCACCAGAUAUUUGGCAAAUCUCUUCUUGUUGCCUGUCUGAGAUUGCCAAAACAAGGAGUGUAAGGAGGUUGUCAGGCCACAAUGCACUGUUGUACACCUGACACCUGAUAGGCCACAAUGUGUCCGCAGGGUGGUCCCACUUUGUGAGGUUGGGAUCCGGGCAGGGUGACAUGAGAAGGAUGCAACAACCAUGUGCCCUUUGGUCCAAGCCCCUUGGGGAGGCUGUGAUCAACGGGUGCACGGCGUCCUUCUCAUGCCACCCUCCUCAAGCCACUUUGUGAGGCUAGGAUUUGAUCAGAUCCCAACCUCGCAAAGUGGUGCAGGGCUGGCUCAGAGAGGGGGAUAUGAGCAUCUCUCCCCAGAAAAUGCGCCUGAGGCAAUUGCCCCAGCAUCUCCACCCCCAUCCCACCCCCAUUAUCCUAUCUAGUAGUCAGCCUACAUUCCAUGACCAGAGCAUGCUCAGUUCUCACAGCAACAUCCCCCCCUUCCCCAGAGGAUUUUUCCUGAAGCUUUAUAUAUAAAGUUAUACACUUCUGCAAACCUUGGGUUCCCCCCCAAGUCUGUCAGUAGUCUUCUUAUUGUAUGCGUCUGGUGCCCUUUUGGCUGCGUUAGUUAUGGCACUCACAGCCUAAAUGUUGCAAACAGAGGGAGUGCUGUUUAAUUAACCUGUGGAAUUAUCCAGCCCAAGACACGACCAUGGCAACCGACAGGAUUUAGGCACGUGAUUCAGAACUAUUAAUCAUGAUAACUGAACUAAGCCUGGCUUUUAGGAAGAAACAACAUGAGAUCCAUGAUUUUUCAGAGCCACCUGACUGGAAACUGAAUGUAGAUCUAAAUGGGCCAUGCUAUGGCCCACAAUGCAAUUUUAAUUUUAUUUAUUUAUUAUUUAAGCAUUUAUAUCUUGCCUUCUUCAGUUUGGCCUCAAGCCUGGCUUACAAUAAAAAUUAAAACACAUGUCUGCAAAGUACAAAAACAAAACCAUAAAAGCAGUAAUUAAAAAACCAUUGAGAAAACGAGCUGGCCGAGCUGAUCUUAAAAUUACACUAUGAGUGCAAAUUUAAAUAAAUCAAGGAUUACAUGAUCAGUUGGGCUCAGAACAUGGGGAAUAACUACAAAAGCAAGCAUGCGAGUAUUUAGGGACACUCAGACAUAUACCCUCUUUUUAAAAUAUGAAGCUUAAGUAGUUAUUAUUAGUAAACGAACUAUACAAUUCUAAUAACUGGAAGUAUCAGAAACAAAGAUCUGGGUUGUUGUUUUUUAAUCAUCUUAGAUGGAAAUUUCAUCUCUGUUGGCUUAAGAAUCUUGGGCAAAGAUAUACUUUCUGAAAAUACUAAACUAAAACUGAAUAUUUCUAUAAACUUUAUUUCCAGGAUUCGGAAUGCUCACUCUUCUAUCAUCUGGCAUUGCUGCUAUCAGUGGCCUUCUGAUGGGUUAUGAAUUUGGAGUUAUCUCUGGAGCUCUUCUUCAGUUAACUAGCAUCCUAGUCCUCUCAUGCCGACAACAGGAGAUAGUUGUAAGUGCUCUUCUCAUUGGUGCCUUUCUUGCUUCGUUGACUGGUGGGAUCCUGAUCGACAAAUAUGGGAGGCGAGUUGCCAUUAUGCUGGCAUCUGGGUUACUUGUACUGGGAAGUCUAGUGCUGAUACUCUUCGCCUCAUACGGACUCCUCAUAAUAGGGCGGAUUGUGAUAGGGGUUUCCAUUUCACUCUCCUCAACCGCAACUUGUGUGUAUAUCGCAGAGAUUGCCCCGCAGCACAGAAGAGGCUUGCUUGUGUCUUUGAAUGAACUCAUGAUUGUAGUGGGCAUACUUUUUGCCUAUGUUUCAAAUUAUGCCUUUGCCAGUGUUUCCCAUGGCUGGAAGUACAUGUUUGGCCUGGUCAUUCCAUUGGGGAUUCUACAAGCCAUUGCUUUGUAUUUCCUUCUGCCAAGUCCUCGUUUUCUCGUUAUGAAAGGCUUUGACGAAGCUGCCAGCCAAGUGCUUGGAAAACUCAGGACAACCACAGACAUCACCAAAGAACUUGCUAUGAUCAAAUCUUCCUUGAAAGAUGAGCACCAGUACCGUUUUUGGGAUCUGUUCCAUUCAAAAGACAAUAUGAGGACUCGGAUGCUGAUAGGAAUCACUCUAGUGUUUUUUGUACAAACAACAGGACAGCCUAACAUCUUGUUUUAUGCCUCCACUGUUCUGAAAGCAGUUGGGUUUCAGAGCAAUCAGGCAGCUAGUUUGGCCUCUACUGGUGUUGGAGUGGUCAAAGUGGUCAGUACAAUCCCAGCCACCCUUUUCGUCGACCAAAUAGGAAGCAAGACGUUUCUUAUCAUUGGCUCAUCCCUCAUGUCUGUGUCAUUGUUCACCAUGGGAUUGAUCACGCUUAAUAUACAUAUGAAUGCCACUGCUGUCUGUAGAAACCAGUCCUGGGAAGAUGCCACAUUCCACGGAGUGGGACAAUUGACCUCCACAAAUGAAACUCUUGAGGAGCAAUUUGCUAGCCUGGCUUCGUCCAGCACAGUUUCACAAUGGAAGGCUGACAUUUCUAAUACGGAAAGGUGGAACAAGACCAUGUCAGUGGGAGGCAGAGCCCCCGACACAAGCCACACAGAUUCUCAGGUAGCAACAGAAGCAAUGGAAGUUCGAUCAGCUCUGAAAUGGCUUUCUCUGGCCUGCUUGCUUGUUUACAUUGCUGCUUUCUCCAUAGGACUUGGACCAAGUAAGUGUUUUUCAAUUUAUUUAUUGCAAGUUGUUUUGACUGAUAAGUAAGAAGAGACCUCAGUGUCUAUGAGCAGGAGUGGCUUGCUGGGUGGGAUAUGGGCUCUGUUAGACAGGCUCAUCCACAUGUCUUCUUGCCAUACCACAUUCCCCUGGGAAAACCCACUCUUUACUGCUGAAUUGGAGCAAAUGUCAAUUGGGUUUACAGCAGAUUGAGGUUUGCUCCAAUUCAGUGGUAGAGAGCAGGUUUUCCUGGGGGGAAAGGGCAGGGCAAACGGGAUGGAACAAGCAGAAAACCUCUCAGACCAAGGUUUCCUAGGCACAGGGCAAGUGGAAGUGUGGGCGGGCCCAAUCUGCUAGCUUCCUGGCAGGUGAGUUGCUCUUGCUUACUGGAAGGGAGAGGGGAAAGGGCCAGCAGGGUACAAGCACAGCAGAAGAGCAAAUCAGUCAAGCCCCUUCUGCGUAUAGGAUUUUCGUCUCAAGCAUCUGUGUGAUGCUUGAAGUUUAAGAAAUAAAGAUGCCUAUUCUGAGCUUUACUUUUCAGUGCCUUGUAGGCACAAGCUGGGUUUGCUUGGACAAUCCUUGAUUGAUUGAUUGAUUGAUUGAUUGAUUGAUUGAUUGCUUCAGGUGAGAAGGCAGAGAAAAUAUGUCCCUGUGAGUAUCAGCUCUCCCAAGGAUCAGAUUCCUCUCAGGGCUUGUAUCUCUGUUGAGAAAACUCAUCAAAUCAUUUAGACAGCCCAAUCAUAUGCAUGUAUAAAUAGAAGUUCCACAGGACUGUGCAUAAGCCACACUGGGCUUCUUCCUAACAUCAUAUAAAUCAUCAGUUGUACCUUCUGAGUCCCUUCUUCACAGAGAAGGGUUUUUUGCAUUCAUUAGUCCAUCUGUUGCUUUUGCCUUUGGAGGUGUGCUGUAUGUAUUCGGCCAGGCAUAGGCAAACUCGGCCCUCCAGAUGUUUGGAUUUGAUAUCCCGCUUUAUCACUACCCAAAGGAGUCUCCAAGCAACUAACAUUCUCCUUUCCCUUCCUCCCCCACAACAAACACUCUGUGAGGUGAGUGGGGCUGAGAGACUUCAAGAAGUGUGACUAGCCCAAGGUCACCCAGCAGCUGCAUGUGGAGGAGCGGGGACGCGAACCCGGUUCCCCAGAUUAUGAGACUACCACUCUUAACCACUACACCACACUGGCUUUGGGACUACAACUCCCAUCCUCCCUGACCACCUGUUAGCUAGGGAUGAUGGGAGUUGUAGUCUCAAAACAUCUGGAGGGCCGAGUUUGCCUAUGCCUGUGUUUGGUUCUCUUUUCUCCACCCCUAUUGCUUGGGGAAUAAUCCCUUUUACUUAGCAUUCCUCAACUUGCACCACUUCUUAAUCAUGCAUUUCUUUCAGAGGCUUUCAUAUCCCAUGCCUCAUUCAUUUCUAAGCUGUAAAUCUGUCUGAUCUCCACCCCCCCAAUGCGUACCUUUGUAACCCAAUAAACCAUUUCAAGUACUUUGAACUCUACUUUUUAAAGAAACACACACACACACACACACACACACACACACACACACUUUCCUUUAAUAGUCUUUAAGCUACUAGACAGAGAAGAAGAAAAGUCAGAAAACCAAGUUAAUUCUUUGCUAUAUUGUUUAGAUUACAGCCACAUAGCUGUACCUGUUACAGUGGCAAGGGUUAAGGUCAAAAAGGAAAGUUCUUAAAUGAAUUUCUCAGGUAUAUGUGCUCAGGAGAAAACAGUAUGUAUUGUUCCUUAUCUGCAAACACGCAUAACUCAGUGAAGUUAAUGGAGUUGGGAAGUCUGGAGUCUUUAGCUCUGGCUCAGUGCCUGUUUCAGAGGUAGUCCUCUCCUCCAAGGUCAGAAGCACACUCUGCAUAGGCCUGUUGGGAAUAUAGCUUGGAUGCCCACAAUAAGAAGCCAGAGGGUUUCACAUAAGAGCUGGAACAGAGCAAGUUUUGUUCAUCAGACCAAAGACUCUAAGCUACUUUAUUUUCAUAUCAUCAGCCACAACGAAAGCCUUCCAUAACUCGCCUCCCAAAGAGGUUAUUUCCUGCAUUCCAUCCACAUUUAAUCUGCUAGAGUACUAUUAUGACAACUGUACAGUUUAAUCCUUAAACCCAAACGUAUCAAUCAUUAUCAGCGAGGAACUUCAACAAAAUAUUGGAAUGUUGUCCGUAAAAGGCAGUGGGUGCAUCAGUCUAAUCCUAUUCUGAAAUGUAGCUUCUUCAAUGAAUGGGCAUGGGAAGCCAAGCACUGUGCCAGAUAGAGUGCUUCAGAUUCUUCAGUUGAGAAAAGAUAGAUGGAGAUUUUGAGAUUUUCAGCUGCCAAUUUAAAAAGCUGCCAUCUGGGUACUGGUAUUGCCGAAGUGGAAAUAUCCCUUUGGGUUCUUGCUGCUUCCUGGCAGAAGGAAAAUAGUUUUAUAACAAUGCAAGGAGAUGCUGAAACAGAAGAACUGAAACUUUGGGAUUAUGUUAUCUGAAAGACUGCUGCCUCCCUUACAAACCUGGCUGUCAUUUAUAGAUCAGCUUCAGGGGCCCUGUACACAGGUCCACCAUUGGUUCAUCUGAUGUGUUGUUCUCGGAAGCAGGCCUGGUCAGUGGCAGCCCCAUAUCUUUGGAAUGGUCUCCCAGAGAAGCGGGGAGGUGGUGGAUAGCUCAGUUGGUAGAGCAUGAGACUCAGUCUCAGGGUUGUGGGUUUCAGCCCCAUGUGGGGCAAAUGAUUUUGGCAUUGCAGGACUAGAUGACCCUAUGAGUCCCUUCCAACUCUACAGUUCUACAAUGCUAAGUACAUAUCCCCACUUUGGCCAGACAUAUGAAACAUUUGUAUUUCAAACCGCAUUUUCACAAAACAGUUAUGUUGGGCUUUUAAACUGAUGCUGUUUUUCCGUUGUGAAGUUGGAUUGCGGUAGAUUAAUAAAAAAAUAAAAAAUGUUUUCAGUCUGCUUUGCUGCUUCCUUGGGAGGGCUUUGCCAUCAAAGAUAGCAUACACAUGUCUUAAGUAAAUUUCCCAGCUACCUAAGGCCUUUUAAUUAGAGACAUUAGAAAUGGAAGCUGUGGUUGCUUUCCGAUUUGUUUAUUGAGCAUCUCUCCUAUUUGCAUGAAAUCUGCAUGGAGAUUAUACUUCUCUGGCUGUUUAUUGAGCAGUGAUUUGUGAUGAGGUUAUACAACAGCAGGUAAAAUGACUGUUCUCCCACUCUUCCCAGUACAUUUUGCCAUCACUUUCCUUACCGCAAAAAGUCCAGUUUGGAAGAGCACCAAAUCUGCCAUAAUUGUGCAACUAUAGUUUGCCACUUGUAUCCCACCCACAACAUACUGACAGUCUGGAAGCACCUGUGACCCUCGGAAUGUAAAUAAGGUGUUCUUCCAUGACUUUGAAUCACAGAAUUGUAGAGUUGGAAGGGACCCUGAGGAUCAUCUAGUCCAACCCCCUGAAAUGCAGGAAUGCGCAGCUGUCCCAUACAGGAAUCAAACCUGCAACCUUGACGUUAUCAGCACCAUGCUCUAACCAACUGAGCUAUCCAGGCUUUCCCAUCCAUGGUCACAUGCAACCCCCUGCCCCAAUACCUUUGAGGUGGUUUUGCUUUAGUUUGCUGAACUAGGUGCAGCAAGAAGCUCAGUACAGUACUGGGGAGAGACAAGCAGGAGUGUAGGCCUGAUUCUGUAUUGUGUGCCCUACAGCUUAUAUCAAGGAAUACCCAAAACUCCCACUGGCUUUGCUGCUUCUGGCACCUGUGCCCCCCCCCCCACCGUUGCCCAAUUUAGUGGAAUGAGGGAGCAUAGGAUCAGGACAGGGAUUUGUGAAGGUAGACUAGAUGAACCUUGCAUAACACCGCACACUGUUACGUUUGUAUUUUUAAUUUCAGUGUCCUGGCUGGUACUGAGUGAAAUAUUUCCCGGUGGGAUCAGAGGAAGAGCGAUGGCUCUAACCUCCAGCAUGAACUGGGGUGUUAAUCUUCUAAUCUCCUCAACCUUUUUGACUACAACAGGUAAGGCUGGUAUGGGUAAGGGUGAGCAUAAUGGGUCACCACAACUUAAAAUGCAGCAUUAAGAAGAGUGUAAAAUCACAAGAAUAAGGCUGGCUUCAAAUUUCGCAUGUGUGUAAGACCAGGGGUUGUGCAAGUUUGCCCAAUAUACAUGCAAAGUAUAUUUUCCCUAAUAUAAUGUGUUUUUAUAUCUUAUUUUCACACAUAUGCAUUUAAAGGAACAUUUAAUGCAUACAUUACUUGGCUGGGGAACUGCACUGCAACAUUUAGAAAGCGCAAAUUUUGUAGAAUGGCUGUUUCUCCUGGUUCGCUUAUUAUUUCAGAAAACAUGAAUUAGGUAGAUUCACCUUCGAUACAAACUGAAUCUAGUUUCUCCCCCAUGCCUAGUUAGGCUUUAGCUGACUAUACUUACAUAAAUAAUAAUAAUAAUAAUACCCCACACAUCUGGCUGGGUUUCCCCAGCCACUUUGGGCGGCUCCCAACAGAAUAUUAAAAACACAAUAAAACAUCAAACAUUAAAAGCUGUCCUAAACAGGGUUGCCUUCAGAUGUCUUCUAAAAGUCAUAUCUGAAAUGCUCUUUUAAAAUCUCCUCACAAACCAUUGAUAAAUAUUCAACUCUCCCCUGAAGACUACUUUACAAAAUAGCACCCCAUUUUCACCGUUCGGGUGCAACUGUGAACCUAGUUCUCUUAAUGUUGAAGGAAGCAAUAGGUUUGGCUCCUUCCUGACCUCUAAGCUCUGGCCACCACUAUAACAUUGCUGCUUCUGCACUCAGUGAACCAACAUUUCUUAGCUGACAAUUUUUCUGAGGAAAAACUGUUGGGAGAAUUUCAAAAUCCCACCCUUUGGCCCCUUUCUCUAAGGUUGUUGUGACUCAACCCUUGCAUGAGAGACAAUGUGGUCAUGCACACGGCAUGCCUGCGAAACGAAACUCAUUUAAUGAAUUUAUUUCUGCACCUUUAUUUAAAUAGCAACCUAUGUAAUACAGGGGGUAAGCAGAAGCACCAACUUGCACCAAUGACUGAGAGGCCGGUCGCGUGUGUGACGUCACAUGUGUGACAUGCAAUGUCAUGUGACAUUUUGGGAGGAGGCAGGGGACUGAGCAGUGGCCGAUGGCCCCUGUCCUUUCUGGCCAUUGCCCAUGCUUGCUGGAGCUGAUGUUCAGCAACAUCUGGAAAGCCACAGAUCACACACACACCCCCGCUCUGCUGACCUGGACUGAGAACAAGGUUCCUAAAAUAACUAAUUAUUUAUUUUUUAAAAAAAUUCUUAGAUCUCAUUGGUUUACCAUGGGUCUAUUUUGUUUAUGCCAUGAUGAGCCUGGCAGCGUUGGCGUUUGUCGUCUUCUUCAUCCCCGAGACAAAAGGAUGUUCCCUAGAGCAGAUAUCUAUGAAACUGGCAAAACAGUAAGUAUGGAAGUUACGGUGUUUUUAACAGCAUUCUAGUAAAUGGCAGUGUGAAAAACGGCACAUCCUUCCUCAUGAGGUUACAAAUGCUCUUGGAAGUAAAAGCUGCCAUCUAGUGGGCUUGUAUUGUGUCACACUUGGCAGCAGCUGAAGGGAACUGAGAGCUCACUGACUCCAUUCCUGGUGGUUUGUUUUUUUCAUGGGCUCAGAACCUAUAUGCAAGCUUUCCAUAGAGCAGGACAGUCUAUACUGUGGUUUCAUUAUUAAUAAAUCCUGCAUGAAGAGGCCACACUGAGCCCAAUUCUGUGAGCUUUAACAAAGCCAGGUAAGAUAUUGUUACAUAGCCGGGGGGGGGGGGGCAGCUGCCCCCCUCAUCAAUAAAAAUAAGUAAAAAUGCAUAGCAAACUGAGGUUCUGCCCCUCCUGACAAAAAUCCUGGCUACGUCCAUGGCCUUUGAGGAUCUUUGUGAAUCAAUGUGUUGUUUUAAUAGCAGAAUUCACACCUCAGCUGAUGCUGAUAUAUAGUAUUUUUUAUUCCUAACUCACUUGUAAGGUCAGCCAGGUAAUAUAGCCAUAGUAAUUUUAUAGCUGGGGUGGGAAGUUAGCAUUGAAAAACACUCUUGCAGCCUUGUUUCUUUUACAUUUUUUUUUUACCUUAAAAAUACUAUUAUUUGUCUAAAUUCCCUGUUCAGAAUACAGUGGUACCUCUGGUUACAGAUGCUUCAGGUUACAGACUCCGCUAACAUAGAAAUUACCCGGGUUAAGAACUUUGCUUCAGGAUGAGAACAGAAAUCGCACAGCGGUGGCACGGCAGCAGCAGCAGGAGGCCCCAUUAGCUAAAGUGGUACCUCAGGUUAAGAACAGUUUCGGGUUAAGAACGGACCUCUGGAACAAAUUAAGUUCUUAACUCGAGGUACCACUGUAGGAGUUUGAGAAAUUGCCUUUAAAAAUAUUUUCACCUGCUCUUUGUAAAUGGUAUCUGUCUCUUCAUCAGUGUGUUCUUUGCAAAAAACUAGGAGAAAUCCAGAUUCUGUAAAAUUUGGAACAAUGCAUAUAAAUUGAUGUUAUGUAUGCAAAGAAAAUGCGGAUUUGUACUAUUUGCAUGAUUUAUACACUUCAAAACAAGCUUCGCGUUUCAUCUUUUAACAAGCAGUUGUCUGUCACAUGAUGGUUGUCAGACCAUAUCUGAUGACAAGUGUGAAGUUGACUAAAUUCCAUUUAAUGUUAAAACUUUUUAAAAAAUAAAAAAUAAAAAAUCUAAACCACACCGGUCUAAGGUGGCAAAGACCCAUGCCAACCACAACUCAAUUAGCUCCAAAAGCACAACUGCCAAUGUUGCCUGUAAGGGAUAGAAAUUCUUAUAGUAAAAAUAUAUUGCCUUGAUCCUGCCUCCCUUUUCUUCCAGAAAGUAUGCAACAAGUACUCAAUGCUGGAGGGGCCGACGCCAGGAUCAACUGAUGCCUAUAGAACUUCCCAGCAAAGAGACCCAUGAACAAUUCUACUAA